AACCACUUUUCUUUCUCUUUUUCUCCUCCACUCUUCCUCAACCCAUCGUCUUUUACUCAAAGUUUUGAUCUCAUAACUCAACUCAUGACAAAUCACUCAAUAAUCAAGUGAGCAUAGUUUUUCUCGUCAUUGCGCUUGUUCAGAUCAGGUCUACUUGCGAUCCUUCUUCAAAAAUAGAAUAUUCUUUCGAUAUGUCGAAUCCAGACCUUUUCCAAGUAAAACAAGAAGAAGAUGAUGAGAAAAAGGUUAUUACUUACAAAAUUCCAGAUAGGUGCAUAGAGGAUAUUGCACCUAGUCAACAUGACACCGUUGACCAAAACCAAGAUGAAAACAAUCCAGAUCAUGAUGAUAAAAAAGAAAUACUAUUUCAAGAAGAGGAUCUAGAUAAAGGAAGCCCAUGUUCAGGACAAUUUGGAACGAUACAGAGAAGAUCAACACAGACGUUGUGUGAAGAUGAUGACACAUAUAAAUCGAGAAAUGAUGAUAGCGACGAUGAUGAUGGUGGAUUUACAACUCCAACUUCUUCGGAUCACAAAAUCCCAGUGAUGACAACGUGUCCACCAGCACCUAAAAAAAGUAUCAAAAGAAAAGUUUCAGAUUCACCGAACAUACAUCCAACUCUUCAUGUUGACUUUGAAGAUUUGGAAGAGAAUAUCAAGAAAUUAAGAAGAAAUGAUCAUCAAGAAUGAACUUCAUUUAUAUUAAAGGUGAGGAAUAAAAUUCAUCGACCAUUAUAUAUAUUCUAUGGAUUUGAGUUACAUAGAAUAAUACCAUAUAUAAUAAUUGUAACAUUUAUAAUUUAUAUGUAUUUAUUUACCCUAGGAUACAAAUUAAUAUAUAUCCGUAAUCAAUUACCUUUAUAUUUGCA